AUUCAUCUUGCAGCAAUCGUUCGAGUGAGGAAGAGUCGCGCGUUCGCGAGUACGAGUUUGUUCGGAGUCCGGUUUGUACGAUUCUUUUUGUGGUGCGGUGAUGAAUUUGAUGUGUGCGGUUUGAUUGAGCGGACGAAAGCAGAAAAAAAUCCUUUCCUUUCUACAAUUUGGUGGCAGCAGUUUGUGAUUUCGUCGUCGUGUUCCAUUCCCCCGGAAUCGCAUUUUCUUCGGUUACGUAAGAACCCUCUUCUGCAGAGAAAAUAGUGAAAAAUCCGAGAUCCGGGCUGUCAAUCGAGAAGAAGAAGUAGAGUGAUAAGAGAGAAGCAGGUGGAAGAAGAAGAAAUUUUCACGAGUGGAAUUUUUUCGUCGUCAAGGCAGCCUGAAAUAUGUUGAAGGUAUAAGGAAAAAAACGAAUGAAAGUCGGAAAUUGUCCGGUGUUUUGCGUUGAGAUUUGCGACAAAGUGCGUGCGUGAGUGGCGUGAAAAGUGCGAGAUUGGUUAUCUAACAAUACUGAUUGGCGUUCUCCUACUAUAAACGGCAAUACCAAUCAGUGACGGAGCGACGAGAGUGUGGUUCCUCCAUCUUGAUUUUCACUGGGAGCAUUUUUCUUCUCUGCUACCUACGCCUCUGGUACUACGCCCCUUAGCCCCCCAAACAGAGUAACAUCCCCAUGACGAGGACUAGAAAAGUUUGAUAGAGAAAAAAAUUGGGUCACGAGACGAUCAUCACAUUUUCAGUAGUAGCCUACCUAGUUUUCGGGAAGGAAAAUCGAUUUUCACCCAAGUAGGCUGCUGCCCCAUUGACUGACAGUGUGAGAGCGAGUGCGUAUUUUGUGUGUAGGAAAAAAAAAGGGGCUCUGCCGACGCCACCACCGCCGGAAAGAGCAAAAGCAGCAGACAGCCAGCAGCAGCGGCGUACGAGGAGAGACAGAGAGAGGAUUUGGUGGAACGAGUUUAGAGUAACGCUACACGCUGUUCGCGUCAACAGAUUUCCCCCACAGCCCGUACGGAGCAGGUAACCGGCUAGGCGGCGGAACAACAGCAAUGGACUCGGAACACGGGAGCGAUCCGAUGGGGAUGCCCGGUGCGGUUCUGGUCGUCGAGGAGGAAGGCGAGGAAGCGGUCGAGUUGCCACUGGAAGACGAUGGUACCCUGUCGCUGUCGACGCUGCAGGCCCAGUUCUACGGUGCCUGUGGGCUCAAGUAUCGCAAUCCGGAAAACAAGGCGAUCCGUGGCGUGCGGCUAAACGACAACAAGCUGCACCCGUUCUCGCCCGACCAGGGCUGGGGUAAUCACAUCUACAUCUGUGUGUUCCCCAAGGAGAACAAACGCAAGAGCGACGACAAGCUGGAGAACUCCACGCCCAAAACGAAGCGCAUCGAGAAUCGCAACCGCACGACUACGGAUUUGAUCGUGCUGGGGUUGCCCUGGAAGACUACGGAGGAAGGAUUGCGUGAGUACUUUGAUGCAUUUGGGGAUUUGUUGGUGGUUCAAAUAAAGAAGGAUGCCAAAACUGGGCAAUCCAAGGGCUACGGAUUCAUCCGGUUUGCCAAGUUUGAAUCGCAGAUGAAAGCACUGUCCAAACGCCACCUGAUCGAUGGCCGUUGGUGCGAUGUUAAAGUUCCGAGCAGCAAAGAUCAGAUGCAGCACCAGAUGCCGAGCAAGAUCUUCCUGGGUCGUGUGACGGAAGAAAUGACAGCGGAUGACAUCCGGGAGUACUUCAGCAAGUACGGAGAAGUUACGGAUGUGUUCAUCCCGAAACCGUUCCGAGCGUUUGCUUUUGUAACGUUCAUAGAUCCCCACGUGGCCCAGAGUCUCUGCGGUGAAGAUCAUUUGAUUAAGGGUGCCUCGGUUUACGUAUCGACGGCUUCACCCCGCCCGGAACAUAACCGUAACCAGCAAAAGAACCAGAUGGGAGGUAACUUUUCCAAUUAUGACGAACGUGGACCACCGCCGCGUUCUUCAGGAUCCGAUUAUGGGGGCCAACAGUCUCAUUCGAACAUGAAUUCGAACUAUCAUCAUGGAGGAGGAGGUGGAGGUGGAUACAACAAUCUGCCGCAGAAUCAGCCAAUCUGGAACUAUAACGAGUACUCGCAACAGAACCGUCAGAACAACAGCAACAUUGACAGCAUGCCCAACCUUCAGGCCUUGGGUUUAAACUCGACAGGCCCUGGCCCGAACGGCGGAGGCCAGGGAAACACAGCGGGUCUUCAUGGGGGCCACCACGGUUCGGCGGGGAUGGGUGGGAAUCAUCUGAGUGGGGGUGGAGCGACGAGUGGGGCAACGGGGGCUGGUGGUAACAGCGGAGCUCCAGGUGUCAUCGGAAACCAUGGAGGUCCUGCUGGGGGUAACAUGAACCUCAACCAGAUGCCGAUCAAUCCGGCCAUCAUUGCCGCUGCCCUGAGCCAGUGGAGCCUCAUCGGUAAUCAGAUGCAUAACAAUCCGCAAGGAUCGGGUGGCCCUGGAGGACCAGGAGCACCGGGACAAAGUGGCAGUGCCGCCGGACCGGGUAACCCGGCUGGACCGGGCUCGGGCGGUCCCGGUGCCGGACAGGAGUAUCUACCGUGGAACGGAACAGGUAAUGGGAACUCCGCCGCCGGUGGCCCCGCCGGAAGAGGAGAACAGAAUCGACAAUAGACACCGACCGGUUUUCCUCUUCGGCUUUGUAGUAGUUGAAAUGAUGAAACGCUUACACAUUUCUUAUCCCCCCUCUCCUAAACAAAAGCGAGAACUCACAGUCCCUUAACAACACAUUUACACGCACUUUUACCCCGUUGUUUGGAAACCCAUUCAGUCACUCACUCACGUAAUAGACAGGCACUUAUCACUCACACACACCCCCACACGCACACAUUUGAUGAGAGACGCGAGAACGAGAGAAAGUUGAGAAUGAGGGGACUUUCUUGCUAUCCUUACGACGGGAUGAGACGUUUUAACCUUAUCCUUAAUACGCCUCAAUGGAAGAAGAGACUCGAAAAGAAAACUAUUAAGCUAUAAAAUUUAGGUCGCCGGAAUGUUGCGUUCGUAAUUGUUUAUUUUCCCGAUCAUAUGGAAACUAGGUGUAGAAGUGCAGUGUAGCUAUUAAGUGUAUGAAAGUUUAGUCACCGAACGAUAAAAUGACGACAUUGCAAAACUACUCUCCAGAAUGGUCCCGCUUUUUCUUUUUUAACCUGAUUUUGGUUGUAUAAGUUUUAACUGACACACUAGAGAGAGAGAGAAAGAGAAAGUUUGUUCAUAUUUUCCUGAGAUAAAUUAUUGAGAUUGAGAGUAAUAUAUUCACACAACUGAGCUGGAGGAAGAGAGCCCGCGAACAGAAGACGCAAUAGAGUUUUGUUGUCUAAAGAAAAAAAAAAACUGUGUGUAUUGUGAGUUCGAGUCCGAGUUGAGGCCGUUCCAUUAGCACCCAUUUUAACGGUGUGUGCGUGUGGAAUGGCAGUUCGACCCGGUUUCGCCUUAAACCGUAUGCUUUUCGUUUAGAUUAUCAUCCUAUUUGUAGGUUUAAAAAGUCGUCCGGAACGGCGGCAGAAGAGAGAACGUGCGCAAGGGAAGUAUCCAAGUACAACAAAGUCGGUAAAGAAGUAUCCGCAGAAUUGGUGGUGGUAGUUGUGUUGUAGUUCAUAGACGCGAACACGUCGGUGCCGUUGGUGGUUGGUAAGCGGACGAGGAGGCGAUUCGUCAUCGACGCGUUUCGGUGGCCAAUGGCAGAAUCGGAACGGACGAAGUCAAACCAACAGCGGCCCUGCGAUCGAUAAUACUUGGACAGUGUGAGUGAACGAACGGCUGAGCCGGGCGCUAAAAUAAAAGUCGAUAAAAUAGAUUCUCUACUGCUGCCAAAAGAAGACCGUCGUCAUUUUUAGUCACUAAUGUAUAAAUAAACAAAGUUUUGAUUUUUAUUGGUGUGAGCGUUUUUGGUUUUGAUUUCUGUUUGAUGAAUCAUUUACAAAGAAUUUCGAGUAGAGAGGAAAACCAUGCGGGAGGAGGAAUUUGACAUAGAGGAGCUAGAAAAUCACUACACGCAUACUACUUUUCGCAGUAGGACUUAAGCAAGGAAAUCGAAUUAAAUUCACGAUGAACACUACUAUAUGCUAUUGAUUAAAACGAGAAAAAAUGAGAGAAAAACUACAAACUAUAAUUUAAACGUGUAUUUGAAAUGAAAGCUAUAAAUGCACAAAGAGUGCAUUCGUUUGAAAUGAUUACAAUGAUGAUGAUGAUGAUGAUGAUAAUGAAAAAAAACAUGUUGGUAUGAUGGUGAAUGAUUAAAAUAUUAUUAUUAUUACGACUAUAAAAAUAUAUAUUAUAUUGAGCUAGAGUUACGCAAAAGACGGCAACAACAGAGAGGAAAAACGAAGUACGCGAGUAGAUUUGCAGCAAAGGCGCGCAAGCAAGCCCGAUUUUUAUGAAUGAGUUUCGCUAACAAACCACGAUGAAAAAUAGCAAUUUGUAAUAGGAUUGUGAGUGUGUGUUUUUGACUUUUUCCCCUUGCCAACCCCUGAUCCGCCUUUUGACGCGUUGUAGAAGUGAGCGCGCGCGCUCGUGCACGAAAGAACUCGCGGUGUUGUCGUCGUACCCAGUAAUUUGGAACGAGAGAGUAAGAGAGAGAGCGAAGUGAGCUAGAGAAAAGUGAAUAUUAUAUACGUGAAUUAAUCUAUGAUAAAAAAAAUGAAUGGAAGCAAAUAUGACGAAAAUUAGUUGGAGAUAAAAAAAAAAAAA